UAUAUCGAGAUGAUGGUUUUUUAUCGUAAAACUUAAUAUCUCUAGUAGGUGUCUCGAAAUAUCGUACAAGUCCUGCAUGUACUUUCUUAAGUACCAUAAACUUCUCUACAAUUUAAGUAGGGUAGAAGCACCCCCGUUGAGGUGUAGCUACCACAAUUUUGGGUUCCUCAAAAGUGUGAGGUCGAUCACAAGUUUACACUAUCUAUAUCUAGAAACAUCAAUUCAAUAUUUACAAUCCGUAUGGCGCAUAUGGGCGUACGGUAGCUGGAGUUGCAAAUACCGAAUUUUCUCUUCCGAAGAAAGUGCAAAUUCCAUUGUUUAUAUAUAUAGCUGUGUCCUGUUAUCAUUCCAUGGCUCACCUGUUGAGCUGGUAACCCGGUUUGGAGUCAUCUAUAAAAGGAAGGUAAAGGAAGUGACAUGCCAGAUGAAGUAUAGCAAGCUAUCCUACAGCCAGCCACGCUGCACCGAACCCUCCAAUCCUUGGAACUUGAACCCCUUCAAAUCACACCCAGUAGGCUACUAGUAGUACUUCUCUGCACCAAUUCCAUCGCCAAUAGCAGCCACUACAAGUCUUACAUCUCUCCUUUCCUCCUCUCUCUGCCAUUGCUAGGAGCUUGCAUUUCUUGGUAGCUUCAUCAGCUAGCUGCUUUCUCCCUCCCCAAUCUCUCAUUCUUCAGGCCAGGAUAUGAAGAUUUUCAGCUGGGUAGCCAACAAGAUCAGUGGGAAGCAAGAAGCAAAUCGGUUUCCCGCAAAUUCUUCUGCGCCUUACCGUGCUAACGUGUCAGAUUGUCGAAAGGAUGAAUUCAGUGAUUGGCCCCAAUCAUUGCUUGCUAUUGGGACAUUUGGAAAUAAGCAGAUUGAGGAGGUAGCUCAGGUGGAGAAUUCAUCCGACAAUGUGCAGUCAGUGCAAGAUACCGUCAAAUUUACAGAGGAAGAAGUAGACAAGAUACGGAAAGAAUUCGAAACGCUACUAGCAAUCAAAGAUCAAGCAGAAGCUCAACGCUCGCAUGAUGAUGACCAAGUAGGUUUACAAAAGCGUGCCGAUGGGGAAGACAAUGAGAAGCAUAUUAGACAGUUGAUCAACAAAAGGAUCAUUGUAAGUAAAUCAAAGAAUUCGUUAGGAAAGAAAGGAAAUACACUCAAGCCGAGAUCAGUCGCUUCGUUGCUCAAGUUAUUCAUGUGUAAGGGUGGCUUUACCUCCGUAGUUCCAGAACCAAGGAACACAUUUCCUCAAUCAAGAAUGGAGAAGUUGCUCAAGGCAAUAUUGCAGAAGAAAAUACACCCGCAAAAUUCUUCCACGCUAGUUGCUAAGAGGCAUUUGGACUGGAAGCCAGAUGAGACAGAAAUCAAUGAGUGCCUGGAGGAUGCACUGCGUGAUCUAGACGAUGAUGGUGCAAAAUGGGUCAAAACUGAUUCAGAGUAUAUUGUGCUUGAAAUGUAAAGUUGGGUGAAUAUGUUAGUUCGUUCAUGCCAGGUUCCAAAGGUCCUGGCAAGCUUGGGGUUUAUGGUGUUACUACGUAAUGAUAUAAAUAUGGGAUAUAGUUAGCAAUGAAGCUCUAUGAUCAUGUAAUGCUCCUCCAUUAUUUCUGACAUGAACCAUCUGUAAUUUGAAUCAUGAUAAGGAGGUUCUGGGACAAAGGCCUAUUCCAUGUGUCUACUCUCUUCUGCCCUGAAACUGUAAAGAACGCAUUCAAUUUUUUCAACUAUCUUCUAUGACAAUUGCCAUCUGUUGAUUC